CCGGGGGUGGGGCCCGGCGCUGAGCCGGGCGGGCCCGAGGUCCGCGGUUCGGGGCUGCUGGGGUUCCCGGGGCUACGAGGCCCGUAAGAGGACAUCGGUCUGGGGCCGGGGUCGCCGCGAUCCGCGGGGCGCUAUCCUGAAGCCCCAGGCCUGUCUCCUCCCGCCUCAGGAUGGAUAACAAGAAGCGCCUGGCCUACGCCAUCAUCCGGUUCCUGCAUGACCAGCUCCGGCACGGGGGGCUCUCGUCCGACGCCCAGGAGAGCUUGGAAGUCGCCAUCCAGUGCCUGGAGACCGCUUUCGGGGUGACAGUGGAGGACAGCGACCUCGCACUCCCCCAGACUCUCCCGGAAAUAUUUGAAGCGGCCGCCACGGGCAAGGAGAUGCCGCCAGAUCUGAGGAGCCCCCAGCGAACCCCGCCAUCAGAGGAGGACUCGGCUGAGGCAGAACGCCUCAAAACCGAAGGAAACGAACAGAUGAAAGUAGAAAACUUUGAGGCCGCCGUGCACUUCUACGGGAAAGCCAUCGAGCUGAACCCUGCCAACGCCGUCUACUUCUGUAACAGAGCCGCGGCCUACAGCAAACUGGGGAACUACGCAGGGGCAGUGCAGGACUGCGAGCGCGCCAUCUGCAUAGACCCAUCCUACAGCAAGGCCUACGGAAGGAUGGGCCUGGCGCUGUCCAGCCUCAACAAGCACACGGAGGCGGUGGCCUACUACAGGAAGGCCCUGGAGCUGGACCCCGACAACGAGACCUACAAGUCCAACCUCAAGGUGGCGGAGCUGCGGCUGAGAGAGGCACCCAGCCCGACGGGAGGCGUCGGCAGCUUCGACAUCGCAGGCCUGCUGAACAACCCCAGCUUCAUGAGCAUGGCAUCAAACCUCAUGAACAAUCCCCAAGUUCAACAGCUCAUGUCUGGCAUGAUUUCGGGCGGCCACAACCCCUUGGGGACUCCCGGCACCAGCCCCUCGCAGAAUGACCUGGCCAGCCUCAUCCAGGCGGGCCAGCAGUUCGCUCAGCAGAUGCAGCAGCAGAACCCAGAGUUGAUAGAACAGCUCCGAAGUCAGAUCCGGAGUCGGACCCCCAGCGCCAGCAACGACGACCAGCAGGAAUGACCACCCCACGCCAUCGGAUCCUUCCCCGCCGACCGGAAGCCUUCUCGCGUUUUUCCGUCUCCUCCCAUUGGACCGCCCACGAGAGAAAAAGAAACGACCUGCAUGUUAGGACGGAUUUUCAUUAUUUUUAUGUUUUUGCCCCCGCCCUCCCCUCCCUUUAUGUUCUCUCUCACGGCCCUCAUACCCUUUUGGAAACAGAGCCAGCAAGCUGUGAGCGCAGACCAGCACCACCUCCCCCCCCCCCCCCCAGCCCCGAAAACCCACUCACUCCAGUGUUUUCUAGAAUAUUCCGGGGUGGGCGGAGUAUGCCGGUGACAAGCGGCCUGUGGGGCUGCCGUGGCCCCCAAGCCCCUCCCGCAGCCCCGCCCCCUCGGUCUGUCUUCAGGGGCUUCCCCAGCCCCCGAGAAGCCGCUUUCUGAGUCGACCUUGGCCGCCCCGGCCGCCCCCUGCUCGGACGAGCUCACUGCCAGCCGCCCGGCCCUCGGACCCGGGUUCUCGCACGAGGAGCAGCGGCUGCAGGUUCCCGGGGCCGGUCCCUCCCGGCGCCCCGUCUCCCUGCGCCCCCGGAGCGGGCGGCCUGGGGGCGCGGGACCGUGUCUGGGACUCUCUUCCAGGCGCGCGUGUGGAUGGGCGCGGGUCUGCUCUCGAUGCCCUCUUCCCAGGGCUCAGGACCGACAGGCCGCGAGGGGCGCCGCCACCAGCUUCGACCUGGCCCCCCCCCCAGCCCGUCCCAGCCCGGCCCUGUGUCCCGGCCACCGCCCUCCUGCCCACUGGGCGUCCCGCUGGCCCGGCGCCCCUGCGUCCCCAGCGGACGCUCCUCCCCUUGGGGGUGGGGCUGCAGGGGCCCUGGUGCCACCCGCCUUGGCCUGAGAUUGCCGGGCAGCCGCCGUGGGUGUCCCGGCGGUCGGGCAGGGCAGGGAGGAGAGGCCGGUUGGCGACUGGAGGGCCGGAGGCCCCCGGGCGGUGUCGGGGCCGCGUGCGAGGUGACCCAGUACCGUGCGUGUAGGUGACUAGUAGGGAGACGGCUGCCAGCCCCCCGCAGUCUGGCACACGUCCGGCGACAUGUGCCCUGACUCUUGCGUGCUAGCCAUGGUGACAAGCGUAACAUAACGUGUGGGGAAUAAAUAGACAUCGUGACCUC